UUAAGGGAUUGCACCAUUUGGACUGUUGCUUUCCUGCUCUUUAUAUAUGAUCAACACCUUGCCAUCUAAUCCAAACAAAACCCUCACCAGCUCACAAAGAGACAGAGACUUCUUCUACCUGCAGGCUUGCCUUUGGAACUUGGUCCUUCUGCAUUUCUUCCAUUUCCUUUCAGAAGGGCAUAUACUUCUUGAACUGCCUUUUGUUGAGAACUUGUUUUGUUAGAAGUGAAAACAGAAAUGAUGGGUUUCGAAGAACAGCUUAUUGGAGUGGGAGUUGGAUUGGAAGAGUUCACCUUUCCUCACUCGGACCCUCUUGUUUUGGAACUCAACCGUCUGCAGAAUCUACUCAAAGAGAAAUAUAGAGAGCUGGGGGUUAGUCAUGGAGAAAUCAAAGGUUUGAGAACUGCUGAUGCAUUGAAGGACAAGGCCAUAGAAGAGCUGAGGAUUCAGAUGACCAGACUAGAUGAGAAGCUACGUGCCUCGGAGAAUCUAAUCGAGAACAAGAACCUGGAAAUCAAGAAGCUAGUGGACGAAAAGAAAGAGGCUUUAUCGGCACAGCAUGCAGCAGAAGCAACUCUCAGAAGGGUUCAUGCGAAUCUCAAGGAUGAUGAUUCUCCUCCCAUCCAAUCUCUUCUCGCUCCCCUGGAGGCGGAGAUCAAGAUGUACAAGAACGAGAUUGCAGCAUUGCAGGAAGACAAGAAGGCGAUGGAACGUUUGUCCAAGUCGAAAGAAUCAGCUCUACUUGAAGCUGAGACAAUCCUGAAGAGUGCACUGGAGAGGGUUUUGAUAGUUGAGCAAGUUCAGAACCAAAACUAUGAACUGAGAAGACAGAUUGAGAUUUGUCAGGAAGAGAACAGGAUUCUCGAGAAAACGAAUCGACAGAAAGUUGUGGAAGUUGAGAAGCUCAGUCAGACCAUUGGAGAGCUUGAAGAGAGUGUUCUAGCAAGUGGAGAAGCUGCAAAUGCUGUUAGAGAUUAUAAGAGACAGAUCACUGAACUGAAUGAUGAGAAGAAGACGCUGGAGAGGGAGCUGGCCAGAGCUAAAGUGUCUGCGAAUCGGGUAGCGACAGUUGCGGCGAAUGAAUGGAAGGAUGAGAAUGAUAGGGUAAUGCCUGUCAAGCAAUGGCUUGAAGAGAGAAGGCUGGUGCAGGCAGAGAUACAAAGACUGAGGGACAAGCUUAUAGUUUCAGAGAGAACAGCCAAGGCUGAAGCACAACUUAAGGAAAAGCUCAAGUUGAGGCUGAAGACACUGGAAGAAGGGUUAAAGCAAGCUUCCAGCAUCGCAGCCAACUCUAAUAAGUUCCGUGAGUCCCCUAAACGAGAAAAACAUGGCAGCAGCAUCUUGGGGUUCUUAGCAAGCAAUGCAGGGCUAAGGAAGAGAUCUGCAUCACAGCCAAGGGCUUCCAUGGUUGCUGGUAGAGGGUUACUCCUGCAGCAAGCAAACAUGGAAACUGAGAGGAAAGAUUCGAGGAAGCAAGGCUCCAGCGAAAGCAUGGUGAGGAAGAGUUUGUGGGCAUCUAGAAGUAGGGUUGUAGAUAGCACUGGAAAGGAAAAUGCAGAAGGGAGAGCAAAUGCAGAUCCUAAUGCUGAUAAGAACGUGAAGGAUAUUGAAAAUGCAGAAGCAGCUAAUGAGGCACUACAAGAGAAGGGAAGCAAGAGUCCUAGAGCUGAAGAUUCGGUUUCAGGGUUCUUGUAUGAUAAACUGCAGAAAGAGGUGAUAAAUUUAAGGAGAGCUUGUGAGGCUAAGGACAACAGUUUGAUUGAGAAAGAUCAACAGACACAGAUGCUGAUGAGGAAAGUUGAUACCUUGACAAGAUCCAUCGAAGUGGAGUCCAAGAAGCAGUCGGGAAUCGUAGCAACCGAGUGAGCUUUAGUGACGAAUGCUAAUGCCUAGACAGCAGCUACCACUUCAGCUUCUUUUCUGGCUUCCAACCAAGCUUCAGCAGCAACCUUGGUUGUUAAAAACCAACCAACUUUAUCAGGAGCUUCAUGAAACGGAGCAUUCAGCUCAUUCAAGUGAGACUCAAACACACUAGCUAACCCCUUGUCUGAGUACUUGUGCUUCCCAUGCCCAGUAUUUAUUCCUAGUACUGGCGGUAGCACUUCUCCAGAUUCCACUGCUUUGGUCAAGUCGUUUAUCCAAACAUGUAGUGCAGUUAGAGCUGCCCCAAGUGAUAGACUCUUCAAGUAUAGGGACCACUGAGUUGUGGACUUCGACUGUAUGUCUGUAUAGAUCUCCAGCGUUAGUCCUAAGUCCAGCAACUCGCAAGCUCUCUCCAACGAGUUGAGAUUCACACAGAGAUCAAUUAGGCAGUUGCAGUAAGCCUUUUUCACGUCAGCAGCAACCGAGGUAAAAAGCUCAGCUGCUUGCUCCUUGAAGUUACCCUCAUGGUUAUCUUGUACCAGAAGUUUGACCACAGAACCAAGCUUGGGGUUACCCUUCUCGACACAUUCAACAAGCUUACCGAGCUCUUCCACUGGAGUUUGAGUAACCACAUUCAGAAGGCACCCACAGAACCUGUCGUCUGGUGUAAUUCCUAACUCGAGGAGACGGUUAAAGGUCUUGACGACAUCAUCAGUUUGCUGAGCUUUACCAUAGCACUGGAUCAUUGAGGUUAGAACAAAAAGAUUAGGCUCGAAACCAGCUUCCACCAUUGCAUUCAAAGCAUUCUCUGCCUCAGACACUCUGCCACUGCAUGAGAAUAUGGUGAUUAAAGAUGAGAAUGUCCAACUAUCGGGCUCCACUUUACAGCUCUUCAUGUCCUCGAAAAUCCUGGAAGCUUCAUCGACAUAACCAAGAUCAGCACACAUUGACAAUAAAGUAUUGUAGAGAACUACAUUCAAUUCCAUGGAUUUCUCCUUCAUCUCUCUGUACACGACGAGAGCAUCCUCUCCAUAUCGAGCUCUACCAUAAGCACGCAGGAGAGCUGCAUGGGUCGCAAAUGUUGGGGUAAGUCCAGAAUCGAUCAUCUCCUUGUAGAUUAUCUUGGCCUUCCAAGGUCUCUUGGCUCUACCCAUGGCAUCCAGCAAAGUAUUCAAGGUAACCACGUUUGGUUUAACGCCAAGAGCCUUCAUUUCCUCGUAAACAUUCAAGCAUCCAUCAUAGUUCCCGGAAAUACCAUAAAUCUUGAUCAAUGUUGAAAAUGUCACAGCAUCAAGUCUCCACUUCUCUGCUCGAGCACGAUCAUACAAGUUCAAAGCUUUUUCCACAUUGCCAGCUCGGCCAUAAGCAUCAAUCAUUGUGGAAUAAGUAACAUCAUCCGGUGUAAUCCCGAAGCUCGACAUCUUCUCAAACCACUCCACUGCCUUCUCAGGCAAAUUACACAUCCUUGCACAGCUAAUCACUGUCGAAAACGUGACAUUAUCCGGCUUCACCCCUCUCUGAAGCAUUUCAUCAAACAGUUCCUCGGCUUCACUCAUCUUCCUACACUUCCUCAACACCUUCAUCGUCACAUUAUACAUAACCUCCUCCCGGUUGAACUUCAGCUUAUCCCUAAAAUACCUCAUCGCAAGCAAAGCCGCUGCAGGGUUCGUCAUGUUAUUGACCACAACCACCGCAUCCUGCUCCAACAAAUUAUGUCCUAGCCCAUUCAAAACUCUCGAAACUUCCUCCACGCUCGCCUCGCACGAAUUCAAAUCCUCGGAGGCUUUAACGAGAGAAGAAUACCUAGCAUCGUAUGACUUUCUGCGGAGCUCGGAAGCUUUGGCGCUUCUGGGAUUCACCCAGACGUAGGAUUUUGACGAAGUCCCAGCUGCUUUUCCAAUUGGGUCCCUGACAUUUUCCUCCUCCUUUGCGGAUUGCUGCGGGACAGAGUCGCGUAGAGAGACAUGGGUGGUGGUGAGCUGCAGGAGCGAAGAAGGCUUCAAUUGAGGCGGGAAAGUUGGAAGCUUUGUGAAAUAAUAGGUUGAGGGCUUUGUUUUUGGGUCUCGGGACGGAGAAGAGAGCGAAUUCCAGAGCGGUUGAUAGAGCGAAGAAGACGAAGCGCAGAGAUUAUACGCCAUUUCUGCUGCUGCUCUGUUUUCUCAGAGCUUUAGAGAGGAAGCGAACUAGAGAAGUAUCUUAUCAACUGAACUG